UCAGGAUUUAAGGGCCGCAUUUGUCUUCCAUCUUCUCCAUAUAUUGCUGGCUGCCCACCAUUCCAGCAUCUCUCGGAAGAAUGGACGCCAGCCAAGAAGACAGCUUGUGGCCAUAUUGGACAAGUGCUUGGCCUGACAGCUACCUGCUUGAAGAGGAAGCGUUGCUCUCCGGUGUCUCCUUCCCAAGUUUGCACUUCCAAUCAUCCUGCUCUACCAUUACGCCAAGCAAUGUCUUGCAAGACGAUCUCGACGCCAUAUUUGAGGAUGAUGUGCUGAGGCAUUGGGAUGCGAUGGAACAAGCUGACAACAAGACAGAACAAGGCCAAAAGAAAUUGCCUAAGCUGUGUUACAGUGAGCAGAAGAAUGUGUCCUCCAACUCCAAGAUCGUCAGAGCAGACCGUGUCGGAUUGGAGGAGAAGGCCCUGACGUUCGAGCUCGUGUCGCAAUACUUCUACAUGCCCAUCACGCAGGCGGCACGAGAGCUCAACGUCGGGCUCACCCUCCUGAAGAAGAGGUGCAGGGAGCUGGGCAUCCCCAGGUGGCCACACCGCAAGAUGAAGAGCUUGCAGACUCUCAUUAACAAUGUCCAGGUCCUGCAGGAGGCAGGCAAGGCGACCGGGGAGGGGCAACUGAGGGCUCUGGUGGAGAUGCUGCAGCAGGAGAAGCAGCUCCUGGAGCAGAUGCCGAAUGUUGAGCUCGAAGAGAAGACGAAGAGGCUCAGGCAGGCCUGCUUCAAGGCCAGCUACAAGAAGAGACGGCUCUUAGCUCUUGAAGCUGGGGAGGCAUCAAGAUUCCAGAAGCACCGAGUCCAAGCAACUUACUCCAUAUAUGAGCAAUGA